CUGAGCGAGUGUGGGUGAAGUCAUGGAUCGCAACCCUUCGCCGCCGGUCCCCAGUCGGGAUGAGGAGGAGGAGGGUGCCGGGGGAGACUGCAUAGGGAGCACGGUCUACAGCAAGCACUGGCUCUUCGGUGUCCUCAGUGGACUCAUUCAGAUUGUUAGCCCUGAAAACACCAAAUCCAGCUCAGAUGAGGAGGAGCAGCAGAUGGAGCUCGAUGAAGAAAUGGAGAAUGAAAUUUGCAGAGUAUGGGAUAUGUCCAUGGAUGAGGAUGUGGCUUUAUUUCUCCAAGAAUUUAAUGCCCCUGACAUAUUUAUGGGAGUAUUGGCCAAAUCCAGGUGUCCUCGAUUAAGAGAAAUCUGUGUGGGAAUUUUAGGUAAUAUGGCCUGUUUCCAGGAGAUAUGUGUGUCCAUCAGCAGUGAUAAAAAUCUUGGACAGGUGUUACUGCACUGUUUGUAUGAUUCAGACCCUCCUACUCUGCUGGAAACAAGCCGGUUAUUGCUUACUUGUCUUUCCCAGACAGAAGUGGCCAGUGUCUGGGUUGAAAGAAUCCGGGAAUAUCCAGCUAUUUAUGAUAGUAUUUGUUUCAUUAUGUCAAGUUCAACAAAUGUUGACUUGCUGGUGAAAAUAGGGGAAGUUGUGGACAAGCUUUUUGAUUUGGACGAGAAACUAAUGUUGGAAUGGAUUAGAAAUGGGGCUGUUCAGCCUCUGGACCAACCCCAGGAAGAUUCUGAAGAGCAGCCAGUGGUUAGAAUUGUGCCCUGUGUGCUUGAAGCUGCCAAACAAGUACGUUCUGAAAAUCCAGAAGGGCUCGAUGUUUACAUGCAUAUCUUACAGCUGCUUACCACAGUGGAUGAUGGAAUUCAAGCUAUUGUACAGUGUCCUGAUACUGGAAAAGACACUUGGAAUUUACUUUUUGACCUGGUCUGCCAUGAGUUUUGCCAAUCUGAUGACCCACCCAUCAUACUUCAGGAGCAGAAAACUGUGCUGGCCUCUGUUUAUUCAGUGUUGUCUGCCAUCUUCGCUUCACAGGAUGAACAGGAGUAUCUGAAGAUAGAAGAAGAUCUUCCUCUAAUUGACAGCCUGAUUCGUGUCUUACAAAACAUGGAACAUUGUCAGAAGAAGCCAGAGAACUCAGUAGACUCGAAUACCGAAGAAACAAAAAAGUCUGACUUAACCCAAGAUGACUUCCACUUGAAAAUCUUAAAGGAUAUUUCAUGUGAAUUUCUUUCUAAUAUUUUCCAGGUUUUAACAAAGGAGACUGUGGCUCAGGGGGUGAAGGAGGGCCAGUUAAGCAAACAGAAGUGUUGCUGUGCAUUUCAAAACCUUCUUCCUUUUUAUAGUCCUGUGAUAGAAGACUUUCUCAAAAUUCUACAUGAAGUUGAUAAAACUCUUGCUGAUGACCUGGAGGAAAGCUUCCCAAGUUUGAAGGUUCAGACUUAAUAACUGAAUUGGAGUUUCCUCUGCCCAAUAAAUGAACUUUAUUUUCUUCACC